GGGAGGUCACGGGGUCAGCAGGCAACUCUGCUCGUCCUGGCCGGGCCUCCAGUUUGGUGUCUGGUUGCUGGUAGCAGCGUCCUGCGCCUGGCUGGGGGCUCCCCGCGUUCCUCUGAGCGGCGCUGCUCCAGCUGUUCCUGUGCGGGAACUCCCCAGUGCCAGGUUUCCAAUACAUAGAAUCGCAAACAGUACUUGAGAGAAAUGACCCACUGGUUUCAUCGCAACCCUUUAAAGGCUACAGCUCCUGUCACAUUCAAUUUCUAUGGGGUAGCCAGCAGUCCUGCUGCAACAAAGAUUUGCAAUGACUUAAGAUCAUCCAGGGUACGACUCUUGGAGCUGUUUACUGACUUGAGUUGUAAUCCAGAAAUGAUGAAGAAUGCAACUGAUUUGUACUUUUCACUCUUGCAAGGCUUUAUAGUCUCACUGGAUAACUCUUCUCAAGACUGCAAGUUGCGAUAUAUUCAGAAUUUUAAGUGGACAGACACAUUACAAGGACAAGUUCCAAGUGCCCAGCAGGAUGCUGUGUUCGAACUGGUUUCCAUGGGAUUUAACGUGGCUCUCUGGUACACAAAAUAUGCAUCGAGACUGGCCGGGAAAGAAGAUAUAACAGAAGAUGAAGCAAAAGAUGUUCACAGAAGCUUGAAGAUAGCAGCUGGGAUUUUUAAACAUUUGAAGGACAGCCAUAUCCCCAAACUGAUUACACCUGUAGAAAAGGGAAGGGAUUUAGAAGCUCGACUUAUAGACUCCUACAUCAUCCAGUGCCAAGCUGAAGCUCAAGAAGUGACAAUUGCCCGAGCUAUUGAGCUGAAACACAAUCCUGGUCUGAUAGCUGCUCUAGCCUAUGAAACAGCCAAUUUCUACCAAAAAGCUGAUCAAAUGUUAUCCAGUUUGGAUCCAGCGUACACUAUUAAAUGGAGAAAGUACUUACAGUUGAAGGCAUGUUUCUAUAUGGCUUAUUCAUACUGCUACCAUGGUCAAACUCUGCUGGCCAGUGAUAAAUGUGGAGAAGCAAUCAGAUCUCUGCAGGAAUCAGAAAAAUGUUUUGUCAAGGCUGAAGCUUUAUGCAAAGAAUAUGGUGAAACAAAAGGGCCUGGGACUACUGCCAAACCCUCUGGCCACCUCUUCUUUAGGAAACUGGGAAGUCUGGUUAAGAAUACCCUAGAAAAAUGCCAGAGAGAAAAUGGAUUCAUUUACUUUCAGAAAGUGCCACCCGAGGCUCCUCAGCUGGAGCUGAAGGCGAACUAUGGCCUGGUAGAACCCAUCCUUUUUGAAUUUCCUGCCUUGCAUGCACACUGGACCCCUGAAACACUUGCUGCAUUUGAUCUCACGAAGAGGCCAAAGGAUGACAGUGCUAAGCCAAAACCAGAGGAAGAAGUGAAACCUCUGAAAGAACCAGAUAUAAAGCCUCAAAAAGACAGUGGAUGCCAGAUCUCUUAAACACCAUAAGUGCUUUGAAUUCCUUCUACAAGUUGUAUUUAAUGAACUCUGGGGCUUUCAUUUCAGAUCCCCUUUUCUAAUUCUUCUUAAUCCUAAAGAUUAAUUUACUGAUUUAUGUUUAGUAGAGGUCUCUUCAUUGAGAAUGUGGCUGGAUUUAUAAAUGAAAUUAUUUAUAGCCAUGCUUUUUUUUGUUUUAGUUGGGACCUCAGAAUGAGCUCAAAUGUCCACAUGCUUAUAGAAAGUGUUUUAAAUUUAGGUGGUGGUUCUCAGGUUAGCUUCUAUACCGAGAAUAGCAUACUGAAGUUAGCAUUUCCCACCAUAGGAAAGGCUGGUAAAGUUAAAGAUAUGGUUUCUUUCCAUGAGAUUUAAUUCCUUACAUGCUACUUAUAGUGUCAAGUGCCCAGAACAAAAAAGAUACAAAUGGAAAUUUGCCAGAAGCAAUCUUUUAGUCAUGUUUGUCACACAGGCUUAAAACCCUGUCUCAUUCCCAUUCUGUUUCUGAUAAAUGAGAAAAGUAAUUCUCAGCUGGGCUUUAUCCAUGUGGAAACUUCUAUAGUGAAGUCGCUUCACUAUACUUCUUCAGAAGCAGAAUUUCUCCAUAAUCAGAAUGCAGUUUAUACUCAGUAGAAACAACUGGACACUCCAUUCUACUUCACUUUAAAUCAGGUUUCCCUAUACCCGAGUUCAUAGUAACCUGCUUCCUCUGUAGCUUUUUUAUUUUAUCCAUCUGCUUACUUUGAAGCCUUUUAAUCUCAAACUGGGAGUCUGGUGGUGGCAUGGGAGUAUGAGUAAGCAAGUAAGUGGAAAAGAUCUUAAAAUGAAUAUAUCAUUGUGUCAGACUUCCAGACUUUUUCAGAGUUUAAUACUGUGCAGGGUCCAGAAUGAGUGAAUUAUGGGUACUUAAAAUUCAGUGGCUUCGUAGAACUCAGAUGAAUGCAUUUAGCUGUAAUUAAUGUGCUGUAUUUUCAAUUGGGUAAUACCUGCUCUGUCAAUGGCUUCAUAUAACUAAGACAAUGAGUAUUGCUGGCGUUUCAGCUCAAAGGAGACCCAGCUCUAGAUCUCCUUUACCUCAAACAUAAAUGGCAUCUUCUCCCAGCUUCCUUAAUUGCUAGCUGAAAACAGCACCUUGAUAAAGAGCAGCUGUGGAAAAAAUGACCCCAGGCAAGACUGAGGCUGAUUGGAAGAGGGAAGUGCUCUGAAGAACUUGUUGUUUCUAUGUAUCAGGGGGUAGCCGUGUUAGUCUGUAUCUACAAAAACAACCAAGAGUCUGGUGGCACCUUAAAGACUAACAGUCUUUAAGGUGCCACCAGACUCUUGGUUGUUGUUGUUUCUAUAAUUUUCCCCACUAUUGAGGACUUACACUCUCAGACAAGUUAGUUUGCAGCCUUGGUGUCCUAUGGGCAUUCAGCAGUAAUGAGUUCAAUAGAACUGUGACAACAAAAACAUCUAUUUUUCAUUUGUAACUGGUCAGAAGAUUGUCUGGCACACAACUAGUCACAGUGAUCCAUGUGUGUAUGUAUGUCUUCCAGGCUUGAGCUUUGCAAGUCAUUACACCUAAGAAUAAAGCUACACACUGUGAAAAAGCAUCAGCUGAUAAUAAGCACAGCAAUCCAUGUGGUUAGCAUCGCAGGUUACAAGGAAAGUAUGCUCCAGUGCUCUGCUGUCUCCAUUCAGUACAGAGACCAGUUCAAUGACUCUGUCUUGAUAUUCAGAAUCUUCUGUGGGACUGGAUGUAGCUACCCGGCAGAUCGUGACUUUCCACAACAGCUGGAACAAAGAAGCUGUUAGCCAAUAAGAGGCAAUUUAUGAAGUUGGGAAACUGAACUUUCACAGAAACUGGACUGGACCAGGCAACUCAUUGCCACAAGAGAUAGGAAUGAUUGUGGUGCUAACCACUAUGGACAGAUCAGAUGCAAAACUCGUUUCUUCAAUUUACCUUUGUCCUAAUCCGUUCUAUACACAGGUCCCUAUAAACUAAUCAAACUAUUUCUCUUACAGGUUGUAAAGGACAAGAUCAUUUAUGUUUUUAACUAUUUGAGGUGUUUAGAUGUUUUGGGGCGGGGGGCAGGGCUGAAAGUACCUGGAUAGAUAUUUCUCUCUCACAACUUCUCCACUUUUUUCUUGUUGCAUCCCACGUUUUGAAGGAAGGGAACUGAGUAGGUUUGGCCAAGGUUUCGCCAAGUGUUGAUUUACUGAUGAGAAAAUUCUGGUCUCCUGAAUAAUUAUAGGGGCCAUUUUAGGAUCUCCCACACUGGUAGUGGUGAAGGAGUUGAAGGUGAAGAAUGGAGGUCGGAAGUAUGUAUUGUUGCCACAAAAUCCUGUUCUUUUAAAGUAUAUUCUAUCCUUGCAGUUACGUGGCUUUCAUUUUACUAAAGGAUAAGAAGCUGAUGUAGCUCCAUGCUCCCAGUCCUAAGUUUGCAGUAUGUUCUCUUACUCUUUUAUGCUUAAUAACCUGUAUUGAGGCAUUUUUCUACUGACCGACAAUUUUAUCUCCUCUAAUUAAAGUUAAGAUUUAAUAAAACACAGUUUUCUCUUAAUCCCUGCUGCUGACUAUUGCACAGAUUCGCCUGACUGUUUUUAUUUUCUUGCACAUGUGUGUUCAUGCACCUGCAUUGGUGCAUUUGACCAUGUGUGUAUUGUAGCAUAUAAAUUUCUUCCUAAAAUCCAAAUCUGUAGUUUUGGUGUAACCAUUGACCAGAUCUUCCCCAAAAAACCUUCCAAAAGUUUAUUUUAUGAACUUGCAUAUUUACUGGCAUUUGGACCCUGGCAUUGUAUUAUCCCCUACUUUCUGGAACUAAGUGACCUGUUUGAUUUAAAUUCACUGUAAAUGUUUGCUGGCUGUGUACAACUCAAGUGUUAAAUAAUGGCAUUACAUAAGCCAGGUUGUAACCUUGUGCUGGUCCCAGGCUGUAGCUGUUUUCAGUAACCACAAGAUAGUAGCUUUAAAAACUGAUUAAAAGAAUGAGUUUGUGCUCUUAAACUUUGUUGCUACUCAAGAUUUACUUUUGUUUACUCACUACAUACCAUAGGCUUUAAAAUACAAGUAGUCUUGCUUGUGGGCAAGGAAUAUUGUUAUAGCCAUGUUGGUCCCGGGAUAAUGAGACAAGGUGGGUGAGGUAAUAUCGUUUAUUGGACCAACUUCCAUUGGUGAGAGAGACAAAGCUUUUGAGCUUACACAGAGCUCUUCUUCAGAAAGUAAGAGUGUCACAGCUAAAUACUGUGACACUUUUAGUACCUUUACCAGCCUGAAGAGCUCUGUGUAGCUUGAAAACUUGUCUCUCUCACCAACGGAAGUUGGUCCAAUAAAAGAUAUUAGCUCGCCUACCUUGGCAAGGAAUAUAGACAUUUUAGUCUGAAAAUAAGUAGAGGAUGCUAUUCUGUAACGGGUGAUUCCCUUUUGAGUUCUUAUGAAGCGGGUGAUUUUGUUAAGGUAUUUAAAUACAGACACUCCAUUCUUUGAGUUAACUAUUUCAUUUGCUUAAGCAUUUAGAAAGCCUAAUUGGGGGGCUUCAGUCGGUCUGCACAUAUAUGUGUAUAUAAUAAAUUUCCUUCUGCUAAGGUUUCCUUUAGUAAUUUUUUUAAAAGAUAAUGUAUUUCAUAAGGUGACUUUUUAAUAUUUAUUAACAUCAGCAUUAGUAGGCCUCUCCCUUCUUACAGUGAGGACGUGGUUUAGUGAUGACCUCUGUCUGAGGGUGCAAUUUUACAUUUAAUUACACCCAGAAAAAAAAGUUGAUGUAAACGUCUGAUAUCUGACUUGAUACGUGUGCUUGCACUUCACAGUGGAGGCAAAAUUUGCAGCCACAAAGAAGGCAGACACUAGAGUACUAGCUGAACAUCAGGCUCUUGGUGUUUUUGUCCUUUUAAAAUAUUUAACACGAGGGCUCAUAAUAGCUUAAUAAUUAAAGCAAAACAUGUCCUUUAUAGAAAAAUAAUUCUAAAUGCAAUUAAUACACAUAUGAUGUGUGUCUCACUCCAUGGUCCACGUUACUAGGUUAAUAAGAAAUGUAAUAAUUUAGCAUGUAACACUCUUUACAUCCAAAGGACUAAAUCAGGUCCUUGAAUGUGCAUGCCCAUCUCUCAUGGGCUUCUAUUGGAGUCUUGUAUGUGCAUCCAAGUGCAGGAUUUGGUCCAUUUAUGUAUUUAGUAUGACUAAUUGGCUGAUAUACCAUGACAAUACAAUACCUGUGCAUAGUCUAAGAAAGAAAGAAGACACUUGUUUAUGUACAGUAUUGUAUAGCCAACUUUGCACUUUAGAAACUCUAAUCAUUCAUUUUCAGUACUGUAGAAUGUGCUUGUAAAUACUCCUUUAUUUUUGAUUCUGUUGUACUGAUUGCUGCAGUCUGAUACUAGUGAGAUUUCAUGGGAAAACAUAAAAUUAAAAUGUAUUGUCCACUGUAUGUAUAAAAUAAACUGUUAAUGCAAUUCUUGA